GGAAACCAGUCUGCGCGUAUUACGCACACCUUGUCCAUCCAAGAAACCGCGAAGAAGCGUUACGCAAAUCCGUGUGAACUUCAUAGCAGCGAGUCUUUGAACGGUGUCUAAAGAGUUGAGCAAUGGCAGAUAAGGAGCUACAAAGAGUGAGGACAGAUUUUAUACAAAGGGUCACCAAACCAGUAAUCAAUCAGCUUUUGGAUGGCCUCUUGGAAGACCGUGUCUUGAAUGAUGAGGAGAAAGAUUCCAUUCUGGAAGAAAAUAGCUCCACAGCUGACAAGGCACGCAAUCUCAUUGAUAAUGUGCGGAAGAAAGGACCUAAAGCCAGCAUGAGGAUGAUUUUUCAUAUUGAAGAAAAUGAUUCUUCACUGUACUCUGUGCUGGGUCUGUCUUCUGGUCAGCCUGCUCAGCCAGCAGCACAGCCGCAGAUUGACCCUUCAACCCCAGCCAUCCUCACUGUACAGGAGUUCUGGGAGAAGAUGAAGAAUGAUAAAGAUUGUUACCCCGUUCGUAAAACUUCUUAUGAGAAUCGAGUGGCCCUGUUGAUCACCAACAUAGAGUUUUCUGAUAAGAGCCUGAACAGAGCGGGAGCUGAAAAAGAUGAGGAGAACAUGAAUAAAGUGCUCUCAAGUCUGGGAUAUAAGGUGGAGAAACAUAGAAACCUCACAGGAAAGGAAAUUGAGGAGAAGAUUGUCAAGUUUUCUCAACUUCCCGAACUAAAAGAGACUGAUAGUGUAUUUGUGGUUAUCAUGUCUCAUGGGAAGUUGGGAGCGGUUCUCGGAGUCAACACGAAAAAUGCCGGUGACGAUGACUUUCCCAUAGACAACAUUUUCAAACACCUGGGCUCAGAGAGAUGUCCAGCGCUGCUGAACAAACCAAAGAUUGUUAUCAUCCAGGCCUGCAGAGGAGGAGAGGAAGGAUCUGUGUUUGUCAGUGAUAGUGCAAACCAAGCUAAUGAUGUGCCAGCUCCUGUUGUCAGCGAGGACUUUUCAGGAGAUGAAGCUAAUGAUGUGCCAGCUCCUGUUGUCAGUGAGGACUUUGCAGAAGAUGCUGUGAAAUGUGUACACAAAGAAAAAGACUUCAUCUCUCUUCUCUCCUGCACACCUGAUACUUUUUCAUACAGACAUAAAGUUCAAGGGUCACUCCUCAUUCAGUACAUUGAUGAAGUUUUCAAAACUGCUGCACGUGAGGAUCACAUUUCCGAACUCUUCAGAAAAGUCAUGUGUAAGUUCGAAUCCUUCGAUGUUUUCAACAAAAGACAGAUGCCUUCUAUAGACAGAUGCACAGCAACGAAGCUUUUCUACCUCUAUCCAGGACUCUCAGGCACAACUCCACCUUAUAAGGAGCUUGCAAGAGUGAGGGGAAGAUUUGUGGAGAAGAUCUCAAAAGCACUUCUCAAACAGCUCCUGGAUGACCUUUUGGAAGAUGGUCUGAUAAACGAUGGGGAGAAGGAUUCUGUGCUUGAAGACAACAAUAACAAAGCAGACAUGGCACGUGAUCUCAUCGACAUGGUGAGGAAGAAAGGGGACAAGGCCAGCAAGAAGAUGAUUGCCCACCUUGAAAUCAGAGAUCCUACACUUUAUUCUGAACUGGGCCUGACCUGCGGUCAGCCAGCGUCAACACCUCAGAAGGAGCAAACCUGGUCAAACAAACUCAUUACCACAACUGACUCAUUCUGGAGGGAGAAACUGAACGAUAAAGAUAUUUAUCGUGUGGCUGAACAUUCCCUUAAAAGUCGUGUGGCCUUGCUAAUCACUAACAGGAAUUUUGCUGAUUCUAAGUUAACACGAAAGGGAGCUGAAAAAGACGAGGAGAACAUGAUGAAACUGCUCAAAUCACUGCAAUAUGAGGUGGUGAAACACAAUGACCUCACCGGGAAGGGUAUCGAUAAAGCUGUACGAGAGUUCACUAAACACCCAAAACUGAAAGAGACAGAUAGUGUGUUUGUGGUGAUAAUGUCUCAUGGGAAAUAUGGAGCUGUUCUUGGUGUCAAUCACAGGGUUGAAGAACCGGAUGAAUUCCCAGUUGACAACUUAUACAAUUACCUGGGUUCACAGUACUGCCCAGCACUGCUGAACAAACCAAAAGUCAUCAUCAUCCAGGCCUGCAGAGGAGCGUCUGGUGGAGCCGCGAUUGUCAGUGACAGUGCUGAAGCUGCUAUGGUCUGUGAUGAUGUUUCACAGCGACCACCUGAAGCCAACAUUGUGGGUGAUGCUAUUCAUUAUGUACACAAGGAAAAGGACUUCAUUUCUCUUCUGUCCAGCACUCCUGGUACUGUUUCAUACAGACAGGAAGACGAGGGGUCUUUUCUAAUCCAGUAUAUUGUUGAAGUAUUCAACACCUGCUGCCAUGAGGAUGAUAUUGAUGAACUUUUCAGAAAGGUCAUGCAACGCUUUGAAGAUUUACCCUCUGAGAGCAAAAGACAGAUGCCAACCAAGGACAGAUGCACUCUCACAAGGAGGUUCUAUCUCUUUCCAGGCCAUUGAAACGGCACGGAGUUCUGAUUGAUUACUUAACAAACAUUAUUUCUGCUUCACACGUUUACAUGAAUGGUGGCAGGACAUGUUCUUAUGAGGAGUGUAUAUCACUGAAUUUGUCUGCUCCUGCCAGUUUGGUUGAUAGGAAAGACGAUGCUUUUCGGUUUUUCAGCAGCUUAGUCAAACAAAAAGGGAAGAAAUUGAUGGAAAUGGUUUGAUUGAAAAUCGGCAAUAACUAUUAUUAAUGCAUUAAUGUUAAAAAACAUAUACUUAUACUUUUUUGGUAUUUGAUGACAGAGAAUAAAUUAUACUAUGAUAACUAACUGCUACCUUUGUAAAACAUAUAUUUGUAACCUUGGAUCAGGAGACUUCAAUAUAAGGUGGUGGGCAGCUUUCAUUUUAUUUUUGUUGGAUUUAUGAUAUAAUCCAAAUUAUUAAUGGAUAAAAAUGAAGAUUAAAAAAAAUUAGGGCUCAAAAGCUUUAUUUAUUUUCUGUGUCUUCUGUGUCUAGUGGUUGUCUUUUAUUUGGAAAGUUUUUGUAUGCCCAUUUCAUGUCUGAAAUGACCUUGAGCAAUAUAUACUGCUCCUCAGUGUGCUCCUCACUUGUAGUUCGCUUUAGAUAAAGGGAUAAGAUAUUUGUAUAUCACAUCACCAGUUAUCCAUUGUUCCCCAUCACUCUGGGUCUAAAUAAAAACUUUGAAUAAAAUUCUUUUGUAGCCAGAAA